CGUACUCUAUGAAAACAAAGGAAACGCUGCCACAUUUCAGGGAUGAGAUGCUGUAGACAAACAUUGUUUGGGGGCUGCAGUCGGUAAUCUGGAGCAUGGACUGUCGGGGAGUUCUGGCUGCGAUCGCCGCCGCUUGUUUCAUAGGCAUAGUGGUGAGCCAGACCACACUUACUCCUGCUGUGACAGAUACCACUCUCAUCGAAAAUGUGACCAGUCUGACUCCGACACCCGUGAUUUUCAGCAGCACCACCUCAGGCUGCUUCGCUUUUAACCUUUCUGCUUGUGAGCCAUGUGCACCGGGGUCACAGUACGACAACAACACCCUUCUGUGCACGUGCUGUCCUGACUCAGGGCGGUGUGUAUUUCCUGGCGCAUGCCUGCCAUGCACCAGAGGAUUUUAUCAGCCACUAGCUGGACAGCAGCGGUGCCUACCUUGCAGCCGGGGCUUCUACACCAAUUUCACUGGAAGUCCAUUAUGUCGCCCCUGCCCUCCUGGGUCCUUCAACAAUAACACUGGUGAAGACUCUUGCACAAGUUGCUCACCAGGUUUCUUUUCAUCGCAGGGUAAUUCUACUUCAUGUAAACCAUGUGCACAAGGACGUUUUUGCAACUCAUCGGGUUGUACUCAGUGCCAGAUGUGUCCUGGAGGAACAGAAUCUCUGCAGGCUGCUGCUAAGGACUGCUCUCCAUGUCGGCCGGGUAUGUACAAGGCCGCCCAUCAGAAUAUGUGUCAAAUCUGCAGCAGUGGCUAUUUUCAGAUCCGCUGGGGCCAGGAAAGCUGUGAUAUCUGCCCAGAGAAUCACUACUGCCCUAGUCCUGACGUGAACCCCAUUCAGUGUCCGAGUGAUGCCUUUUGUCCAGAGGGCAGCUUGGCUCCGGGCUACUGCAUGGAGACUUUCUUCCGCAAAGCAGGGGACACUUGUGAACUGGCUCCUGUCACUAUUGCUUUGUUAGUUAUUGGAGGAGGGGUGGCCUUACUCUUUAUUAUUUUAAUGCUUUUACGUCGACGAAGAGAAACUGACGGAGAGCUGACAGUAGCCCGGGCUCCACUGUUACGAAAAGAGCGUCCUCAAGGACGAUACUAUGGCCUGCCCUGUGACGCAGAACCUGUAUAUGCUGGCUGGUGAAGCACUAAGAUAUAAGAAGAGACACUGAAACACUGAUAAAACUCCCUCCCUCCCCUCUAGAGACUACACCUUGACAAAUCACCAUCCUGUCAAUUGCAAUGAAUUACUGGCAUGUGAAGGUUGAUUCUUUGGUGAAUUCUUCCUGUUGCAAUCGUUCCACUCAGAGAAAAACAUUCCUUGUGUAAGUGAGGUUAUUCGAUUAUGAGAGGUACGCUGGAACGAUGAAAACAACAUACAUGCCUCUGCAUGGUGACAGCCUUUUUCACUUAUGAAAAGCACUUUUUUUAACAAGGUAAUUGAUUUACUUUGCAUUCCUGUGUCAGUACACUUACAUUAACAUCUGUUGUCCCUCAGUGAUUACAUGUAAACUGUGGAUGAUACUUUUUUUUAAAUUUAAUUUAAUUUUAUUGCUUUUUAGAUACUUUUGCUUAAAGGUUUUUAACUGCUUUUUAAGGUUAUAUUUGUAUGUUUUAGAAGAAAAUAAAAUAUUCUGAUUUCUAACCCUCUUCAAAUGCUAUGUUAUAUUGUGGACUAGCUUUAAAAUAAAUGAAAAAAAUCUAUAUUGUCUUGAUAAUUUGUCCUAAUAUGCUGGGACAGUAUAAAGUAAUUUAUCAGAUUUCGAAUGAUCAUUAAUAAGUUAUUAGUAUUAGCACCUGUUAUCGUUAGUGUCCUCAUAUUAAUUUAUUUACUGGAGGAAAAAAUCUUUUGGUGAUAUGUCUUUUUAACAAGUACUGAUUCUCCAUAUUCAAAACUUUUAAUUGGCUGUAUGUACUAUAUGUGUAAUUAAUUCAAAUAAUAUAUAUAUGUAAAUAUAUAAACUUUUUAUAAACAACUUUAAAACUCAAGAAAGACUCACAUUUCACAGAUUUCAAAACAUUUUGAAAGACACUGGCUAAUUUAACCAAGAAAAACAACAUAAUUAAUAUCAGAACAAAAUGCGCAUUAACAACUGCCUUUCAGCAACACACAACACAAAACUGUAGUAUUUUAUUAAAGACAAACAGUGACAGUACAUCGGCCUGCCAGCAGCAAAGAGUGGUGCUUUUAUAACAGCCUUCAAGUGUAAUAGAAAGAAAGUGUAAUUUAGGCUGUGUUUUAACUGUUGUUCAACUCUUGCUCCUGUAUGCUGUGAAUGUGGUGUUAUACUGUCUUCUGCAAGGAAUUAAGAAAUACAAACACUGUCUUAAUCAGCUCUUUAUAAUUACCACAGCUGACAUUACAUGCGUCACUUGUCUACAAAGCUUUGAAAGUAAAAUUAGUUAAAAGCUCUCAAGUGUUUCAUUUUUUGGUCAUAUUUUGAAUUGGUUGUAUAAUGCGUGUAGGCUAUAUAUAUAUAUGAUUAUUGUUUUAAACACACUGUGCAAGGGUUUUAGACACUUUUAGAUCACUCUUAACCAUCACGCUAUACCAGAGGUGUCAGACAUAAGACCUGAGGGCUAGAAUUGACCCAGCAAAGAUUCUGCUCACUGGACAGCUUCAGACAUUCUGAAGCGGGGCAUAGGUUUUGACUUUAAA